GAAGACAACAAAGGGUCGCGGGACGCUAGCGGGCGGCAGGCGGCGGUGUGUUCCAGUCCCCCUCCGUCCUCUCCGCCGAGGCGCGCCGGCCUCCCGCCAGUCCCGCUCCAGAUGAAGUGUGAGCACUGCACACGAAAGGAAUGUAGCAAAAAAUCAAAGACUGAUGACCAGGAGAAUGUGCCCACUGCCGCAUCAAGUCCAGCCCAGCGGAAGGAAGAGAAGGGAGAAUUCCAUAAGUUGGCAGAUGCGAAGAUAUUUCUGAGUGACUGCCUCGCAUGUGACAGCUGUGUGACUGUGGAGGAAGGAGGCCAGCUUUCCCAGCAGAGUGCCAAGGAUUUCCUCCAUGUCCUGAACCUUAAUAAGAAAUGUGACACCUCAAAGCACAGAGUAUUGGCUGUGUCUGUGUGUCCUCAGUCUCUGCCUUAUUUUGCUGCUAAGUUCAACCUCAGUGUCACUGAUGCAUCCAGAAGGCUGUGCGGCUUCCUCAAAAGUCUCGGGGUGCACUAUGUGUUUGACACCACAAUCGCUGCAGAUUUCAGCAUCCUGGAGAGUCAGAAGGAAUUUGUACGCCGUUAUCACCGGCACAGCGAGGAGCAGCGUGAACUGCCCAUGUUGACCUCUGCCUGCCCUGGUUGGGUCAGAUAUGCUGAGCGGGUGCUGGGCCGCCCCAUCAUCCCACAUCUCUGCACUGCCAAGUCCCCCCAGCAGGUCAUGGGCUCCUUGGUGAAGGAUUACUUUGCCAGACGGCAGAAUCUGUCUCCAGAGAAGAUUUUCCAUGUUGUCGUGGCUCCUUGCUAUGAUAAGAAGCUGGAGGCUCUUGGAGACAGCCUCUCCACCACCGUAAGUGGAGCCAGGGGCACUGACUGCGUCCUGACGUCAGGUGAGAUUGCUCAGAUGAUGGAGCAGAGUGGCCUCACAGUGAAAGACACUGCCAUGGAUACUUUGUUUGGAGAUGUGAAGGAGGUGGCGGUGCGACGUCACGAUGGAGUGAGCUCAGAUGGGCACCUGGCCCACGUCUUCAGGCACGCAGCCAAGGAGUUGUUUGGCGAGGAUGUGGAGGAGGUCACCUACCGUGCGCUAAGAAACACAGACUUCCAGGAGGUCACCCUUGAGAGGAACGGGGAGGUCUUACUGCGCUUUGCUGCGGCGUGCGGCUUUCGCAACAUCCAGAACAUGACCCUGAAGCUCAAGAAGGGCAAGUGCCCCUACCACUUUGUGGAGGUCCUCGCGUGUCCCAGAGGAUGCUUGAAUGGCAGAGGCCAAGCACAGACAGAGGAUGGUCGCACAGACCGUGCACUGCUGCAGCAGAUGGAAGGGAUCUACUCCGGAAUCCCGGUGCGGCCCCCAGAGAGCAGUGCGCAUGUGCAGGAGCUGUACGCUGAGUGGCUGGAGGGCACCGAGUCCCCCAAAGCCCAGGAGGUGCUGCACACCAGACACCAGAGCUCCGAGCCCUGCACAGACAGCCUGGAUAUCAAGUGGUGACAAAGCCAAGAGAGCAGGAGGGGGACACUCUGAGCGGGGAGUGGGGGCGCUUCAAGCAACAACAGGUCACGUAGUGUC